AUGGCAGAUCAAAUCAUUGCACUUUUUUGUUGCCCUACCCCCAGCCGGAAAGGGGUGUUUGUUUUCGGGAAAAAAUUUAAUCGGCGCAAUGAAGUUCAAGAGGUUGUUUUUAGACCUGCUGCAAAAUAUGACGCUGGUACAAAGCUUCAGUGUACCUAUAUUGAGAUUGAGCAGGCAGCCAGCACAUAUGCAGUGAUACUGAGCAAGCCGUCGUGGAUGUGGGGCGCAGAAAUGGGGGCCAAUGAAAAGGGUGUGUGUAUAGGAAAUGAAGCUGUCUGGACCAAAUUGAAUAGCGAAGAUGACCUUGUAGAAAGAUUACUGGGCAUGGAUUUGUUAAGGUUAGGUUUAGAAAGGGGAGGUAAUGCUCGUGAAAGUGUUGAUGCGAUUACCUCCCAUUUAGAGAAGUAUGGUCAGGGUGGUGCCUGUGUUGAGGGAGGAGACUGGUCGUACCACAAUAGUUUUAUCAUCGCAGACAGUAAUGAAGCCUGGGUACUGGAGACUGUAUGCCAGUACUGGGUGGCGGAGAAAAUUACUGAAGGUGUACGGAACAUUUCCAACCAGCUUACGAUAACAACAAAGUUUGACCUAUCUUCACCAAACUUGGUGGAGAAAGCCACGGAGGCUGGUCUGUACAAAGAGUCAGAUGGACCUUUCAACUUUGCGAGGGUUUUCGAUGAAUCUUCUCUUGAGACUAAGAAUUCUAGAUACUGCAAUGGCACAAGAUUAUUGAAAAAAUAUUCUAGCAAUGGAACUUUUGGUGUUGCUGAUAUGAUGAAGAUUUUGAGAGACGAGGACAGUGGUAUCAACAUGGGAGGCGGAACCUGUGGUAGUCAGGUGUCACUGUUGCCUAGCAACACAACUGCCUCCUCCCACACAUCACCAUGCUGUCAUUGGUUCACUGCCACGCCCAGUCCAGAUGCCAGUCUGUUCAAGCCAUUUAUAUUUGGCCCAAAUCCUAGUGUUGGAAGCCUGGCCGUUUCUCCAGACUACGGGGAUAAAGAUCCGAGGGUCGUAAAACCGCGAUUCCAGUCUAAGGUCGAGAGGCGGCAUGAACUUUUUAAAGGUCACGAGAAACUACAAUCAUUGUUAAUACAUGAUGAGGCGAAGGCAAAUAAAAUCAUACAAAAUUUAAAAGAUUUAGAGUCCAACUGUAUUGAAGAUAUGGAGGAAAUUUUAAAGAACUUUGAUGAAUCCAGUUUUGCUAAAGUUUCCAAUUUAUUUGAUCAUAUGUGCAACAUAGAACUUAAUUUUUACAAAGAUGCCUGAGGUGUUUUGUGAUAAAAAUAUCAACUUUCAAAAGUUGUUAAAAAAGAAGUGAUAUGUUUACUACACAUGUAGUUUUCAGUUUUAUUUUAUUGUAAGAAAAUAUUAAGAUAAUGAAGAGUAAUAUUCUAUUUGGUUUUUUUAAACGAUAAAUAUAAUUAUAUGAUAUUAUGAUUCUCCUAAAAAUGAUCCAUGUUUUGUGGAAAAAAAACACCUCAAAAUGAAUUUUGUCUGUUAAAUCACAAUUUUAAAGAUAUUUAUUAUAAUGGCAUGAAACUUAAUGAGAUUGAUUUUUACUUUAAUCUUGAACUAAAUGAUACAUUAAUAGCCACUAACAGUCGGAGACAUUCACAUUGAAAUUUGAAAGCAAUUAGGGCUCUAGUGACUAAAUGUCAUUUACACUUGUAAAUUUGGAUUUUUAAAUGUUUGCUUGCUGAACUUGUGCUAAUUUUGACCACUGCACUAAAUAACUAUUAGAUAUCACUAAAUACUCAUCAUAAUCAGAAUUAUCAUAACCAGAAUUAUCAAGAUAUAUUUUCACUUUGAGUUGCAUAUAUCAAUAACUAAUUCAGUGGGCAUAUAAAUAGUUUGUCUCCACAACAUUCCUAUAGAAAUCCCUGCAUGUCAACUGGCAAAUAACUUUGAUGAUUAUUAUUUAUUAUAUGAUUGUUUGUAUAUACCCUGUACCUUGCAUUUGUCAGUAAUUACCAUUAAAUGGACUUAAUUUUACUGUAAUCACUAUGUUAACUAUAAUAGUGUACUACGUCUAAUAUACAAUGUCUAACAUACUCUGUGUAGUGUAGUAUGUCUAAUAGACUAUUGCUAACAUACUAUGCUUUGUGUAGUAUUAUGUCUAACAUGCUACCUAAUACAAUACUUUGUCAAACAUACUAUGUUUGAUGUAUUUAUAUCUAAAAUAUACUAUGUCUAAUAAUUUAUUGUGUCUAACAUGCUAUGUCUAUUAUAGUAUUAUGUGUAAUAUACUAAGCAUAGUGUAGUUAUAUCUUAAAUAUAAUGUGUCUAACAUACUAUUUCCAGUAUAGUUGUAUCUCUAAUAUAUCUUUGAUACUAUGCUUAAUGUAGUUAUACCUGAGAAAUUGUUAUAUUGUAAUACUAUUUCUAACAAUUAUGUCUAGUGGAGUAAUAUAACAUACUUAUUAUGUCAAACACAAUACUUCAACUGUUAUACAUUAACUGUUAUAUUAUGUCUAAAAUUCUAUGUUAAAAAUUUAAAACAGAUUAAUAGUAAACAAUGAAAUUUAGUAGCUGUAGUAGAUAUAUAUAUACAUGUACAUGUAGUUAUGACUAUCUGAUAUUUUUGUAUUGUAACUGGCUUAUAUUUGUUGUGAGAAUUAUUAAGUUAUAUAUAACAGACCUAGAUAGACAUAUUUCAUUAGAUAAGUCCUUUGAUUAUGAUUUUUUGCUGGGUGAACUUAGAACAAUAUUAUUAAUGUGUAGUGAUAAAGUACUAAAUGUGUCUUAAAUUAUAGAAGCAGAAAUUAAGGAAUUAUAGAAGCAAAGCAUUAAUCUAUCUAGUCAAGUGAUAUGAUCAAAAUAUUGUUUACUGUAUUAAAUAAUUACGAUAAAAGUGAAUACAUUUGUUUUUAUCACAUACCCAUGCUGAUUUUGCGACAUCGUAAAAAUGGUAUUGCACAGUCAUGCAUAUAUUUUGAAGUGAUUUUAUUGGCGUUAUACAAACAUUGCAUAAAUACGUGCUAAAAGUUAGCAUAAAAAUAUAGGCGUGUCAAUGAAAAAUUAUUCUUUUGUACUUAAAACAGUAUUUAUUUUGGGUAUGUGAUAAAUGGAAUAUUAUAUUCGUGUAGGUUCAUUACUGAAUUGUCUUUCAGGGAACAAAUAGUUAAUAAUGAUGAGAGCAAACUGAUCUAGCUUGUUAUGUAGUGAAAGGUAUGUCUUUCCGACUUUGAAACAGACAUUUUUUAUGCCACUGCAGCAUCUGCGAUGUGGUAGCAUAUAGCGAUUCACCUGUGUGAGUUUGUUUGCGUGUGUGUUAUAUAUAUUAUAUAGUGAACUUAAAAAAUCUUCUUGUGAAAAACCACUAGUCCAAUUUCAACCAAACUUGGCUGGAUUGAUCCUUGGGUGAAGGGCUUCCAAAGUUGUUCAAAGAAUUUCAUUCCAUGCAGAAAUCUGGGGGUCAUUUAUUUUCACUAUAUGUACAUAUAGUAAAAACUUAAAAUACCUUCUUGUAAAGACUCAAAAGGCCUAGAGCUUAGAUAUUUUGCAUAAGGCAUUGUCUGGUAGACCUCUACCCAGAUUGUUCAAAUUAUAGCCCUGGGGUCAAAAUUGGCCCCGCCCAGGGGGUCAUUGGUUUUCCUUGUAUGUAUAUAAUAAAAACUUAUAGUAAAAACUCUUCUAGCAAUUGACAAAUGCUAGAGGUUAGAUAUUUUGCAUGAAACAUUGUUAGUGAACCUCUAGCAUUAUUGUUUAAAUUAUAGCCCUUCGGUCAAAAUUGCCCCGCCCCGGGGGUCAUUGAUUUUCAAUAUAUACAUAAAGUAAAAAAUCAAAAAAUCUUAUUGUCUGAAGGUACAAGGCUUAGAGCUUUAAUAUUUGUUAAAUGAUAUCAUCUAUAGGUACUCUACCAAAGUUGUUCAAAUUUUGCCUCUAGUGUCAAAAUUAGCCCCGCCCCAGGGGCCAUAGGUUUUCCUUAUAUGUAUUUAGUAAAAACUUAAAAAAUCAUCUUCUCUAAAUUUACAAAGGCUAGAGUUAAGAUAUUUUGCAUGAAACAUUGUGUAGUGAACCUCUAGAAAGAUUGUACAAAUUAUAGCCCUGGGGUCAAAAUUGGCCCCACCUCCAGGGGUCAUUGAUUUUUCUAUGUACAUAUAGUAAAAAAUAUUAAAAAUCUUCUUGUCUGAAGGUACAAGGCUUAGAGCUUUGAUAUUUGGUAUAUAAUAUCAUCUAUGGGUCCUCUACUAAAGCUGUUUUAAUGAUGCCCCUAGUGUUAAAAUUGCCCUGCCCCCAGAGGCCAUAGUUUUCCUAAUAUGUAUAAAGUAAAAACUUGAAAAAUCUUCUUCUCUGAAUUGACAAAGGCUAGAGGUUGAAUAUAUGGCAUGAGACUUUGCGAAGUGAACCUCUACCAAGAUUAUUCAAAUUAUAGCCCUUCAGUCAAAAUUGGUUCCGCCCCGGGGGUCAUUGAUUUUCAUUAUGUACAUAUAGUAAAAAAAUAAAAAAUAUUUUUGUCUGAAGGUACAAGGCAUAGAGCUUUGAUGUUUGCUAUAUAAUAUCAUCUAUAGGUCCUCUACCAAAGUUGUUCAAAUUUUUCCCCUGGUGUCAAAAUUGGCCCUGCUGUGAUUCUCAUUAUGUACACAUAGUAAAAACAGAAAAUAAAACAAAUGUUUUCUGACUGGGAGAAAGCUACAGCUUAGAUAUUUGACUUAAAAUGUUGUUUGGUGGACCUGUAUCAAGAUAGUUUUGAAUUAAACCCUUGGGUCAAAAUUUUGCCUUGCCCAAGGAAACAGUGACCUACUUUCUUGUCCUUUUGAUGUACAGCAAUGAAAUUUUGACCAUGUGCACAGUUUUAGUUGUAAAAUUGAACUUUGAUAUCAGAUGACCUAGAUUUUGAUGAUGUGACCUACUUUCUUGUCCUUUGAUGUACAGCUAUGAAAUUUGAACCGUGUGCACAGAUUAAGAUGUUAAGUGAACUUUGAUAUCAGCUGACCUAGAUUUUGACAAAGUGUCUUACUGUUUUGUCCUUUGAUGUAGUCUUGAAAUUUAGGCUGUGUGAAAUAUGACCUUCACCACCAAAUUCACCAGACUCGAGUGCAUUGAUAUGUUCCUACUCUGAUCUUUUAUUGGAUUAACAACAGAUUUAACCACUAAUCUGAUAAUAAGAAUUAGAUAGGUCAGGGAUGGAUGCAUUAUGACAAUCUUCAAAAUUGUAUAGAAACAAAAAAAUCUGUUCCUACACUACUAUUUAGUGUUGUAUUAAUGCGGUGGCAUAGCAUUUUUCUUAAAUGCAAUCUUGUUUUUUUUUUCAAUCUUUAAUCUUAUAAUGAAGUGAAAUGAUCAAAAUAUUGUUUAUUGUAUUAAAUGAAUGUGCAAUAUAAGAUUUAGACAAUUGUAACUAUUUGUUUAUACUGAUAUUUUUUGUUAUGCAUGUAGAUAGUUGUUGUUGUUUUGUUGUAAUAAAUCAAAGUAAGUUA